CUCUUUUACAGUUUGCUGCAUUGUGCUGAAGCUAUAAAUGUUUAUUCAGUGAAAAGCAUUUGUCGUUGUCGGAACAUUUUUGAGGAAAAAAAGUGAAGAAAAAAAUAUUUGUGAACACAAAAUGGAUAUAAAAUCCUUUUUAUAUUCUUAUUGCGCCAAGAAUUCAACCGAACCAAAGUUCGAUGUGCGCCUAACGGGUCCUAAGCAUCGUCAACGCUUCUUGUGUGAGGUGCGUGUGGAAAAUUGCAAUUAUGUAGCUGUGGGCAAUUCAACCAAUAAAAAAGACUCGGAGAAGAAUGCAUCGCGUGAUUUUGUCAACUAUUUGGUUCGCGUUGGCAAACUCAAUGUUAAUGAUGUGCCAGCAGAUCUCAAAACGCCUGCUGGCAAUACUAGUCAGGGUGCCAGCUCUGCUGCCGGACCGACAGGCCCACAACGCCGCGUGUUUAGUGACAGCUCUGGUCCGCAGGACUUGGGUGAAGCCUAUCGUCCCUUGAAUAUGCAUGGUGGUGAUCGCAAGCGCUUGAAUCUAUUUGACCACAUGCAAGAUCAAAAGGAUAUGAACGAUGCCGAGUCUAUAGAUGUAAAUGCAGCCAUACAUGGCAACUGGACUAUAGAGAAUGCCAAGGACCGUUUAAAUAUAUACAAACAAACAAAUAGUAUACGCGAUGAUUACAAGUACCAGCCUGUUGGCCCAGAUCAUGCUAGGAGCUUCAUGGCGGAGCUGUCCAUCUAUGUGCCGGCUUUAAAGCGUCGCGUUACUGCACGCGAAACAGGCUCAAACAAGAAGGCAGCCAGCAAAAGUUGUGCCUUAUCUUUGGUGCGCCAAUUGUAUCAUUUGAAGGUCAUCGAAGCCUUUAACGGCACACUCAAAAAGAAGCGGGAUGAGGACUUGAAGCCCUAUCCUGUUAGGAUAGACCAGAAGCUUGUGGAUGAAGUUGAUGAUGUUAUACGCGCGCUGGAUUUGCCUGUGGUUAAUCCACGCAACAUUAAAGUGGAGCCAGAUGGCGUGCCCAUGUCAUUGAUUGUUAACCAGCAGCGCUUCGGCGAUUUCACCCAGGACGUACGCUUAUGUCCUGAGGCCAUUGAUGUUAUUCCUUGGGCACCGCCGCAACCAAAUUGGAAUGCCUGGCACGCUUGCAAUAUUGACGAAGGCGAGCUGGCCAAUGUCACCAUUGAUGAACUGUCUAUUGAAUAUGAGCGCCAGCUAUGCGAUCGGCGCCAGAACAGCUUGGAGUAUCGCCAGUUUUUGGAAUUUCGCAAUAAGUUACCCAUUGCUGAUAUGCGUAAAGAGAUUAUGAACACCAUCAAUGAGAAUUCGGUGGUUAUAAUACGCGGCAACACAGGCUGCGGCAAGACCACACAAAUAGCACAAUAUAUACUCGAUGAUUAUAUAACCUCGGGCCAAGGAGGUUACGCUAAUAUUUAUAUAACUCAACCGCGUCGUAUUUCGGCCAUUUCAGUAGCAGAGCGCGUAGCGCGUGAGCGUUGCGAGCAGCUGGGCGAUUCAGUGGGCUACACUGUGCGCUUUGAGUCUAUUAUGCCACGCCCAUAUGGCUCCAUUCUCUUCUGCACCGUGGGCGUGUUGCUGCGCAAACUGGAGCAUGGACUGCGUGGCAUUUCUCACAUUAUUGUGGACGAAAUACACGAACGCGAUGUCAACAGCGAUUUCUUAUUGGUCAUCUUGCGUGACAUGGUGGCCACCUAUCCGGAGCUGCAUGUUAUACUUAUGUCGGCCACCAUUGAUACUACGCUCUUUUCGAAAUACUUUAACGACUGUCCUGUGAUUGAAGUGCCUGGACGCGCCUUUCCGGUGCAGCAGUUUUUCCUGGAGGAUAUUAUACAAAUGACACACUUUGUGCCUUCGGCGGAGUCGUGUCGCAAGCGCAAGGAGGAGCUGGAGGAGCGUAUGCUGCUAAGCGAUAAAGACAAGGAGGAACUGGAGGCUAACUUGAAUAAGCAAUGCGAGGAUAAGUACACGUUGCAGACACGCAAUGCCAUGGCCAUGUUAUCCGAGGCGGAUGUAAGCUUUGAGCUGCUCGAGACACUGCUGCUGCAUAUCAAGUCCAAGAAUAUAGCCGGUGCCAUCCUGGUCUUUCUGCCCGGUUGGAAUUUGAUCUUUGCACUGAUGAAGUACUUGCAAGGCUCAAGUAACUUUGGCAAUUCGCGGCAUGUGAUCUUACCUUGCCACUCGCAAAUACCACGAGAUGAGCAGCGCAAGGUGUUUGAGCCUGUGCCCGAUGGUGUCACCAAGAUUAUAUUGUCCACCAAUAUAGCUGAGACUUCGAUAACCAUUGACGACAUUGUCUUUGUCAUUGACGUAUGCAAGGCGCGCAUGAAGCUGUUCACUUCGCAUAAUAAUCUCACCAGCUAUGCUACCGUCUGGGCAAGCAAAACCAAUCUGGAGCAGCGCAAGGGACGCGCUGGACGCGUGCGUCCAGGUUUCUGUUUUACUUUAUGCUCACGCGCACGCUUUGCUCAGCUGGAGGAGUGCCUUACGCCAGAAAUGUUCCGCACACCGCUUCAUGAGCUGGCAUUGACCAUCAAACUGUUGCGUCUGGGCCCCAUUCAUCAUUUUCUGUCCAAGGCACUGGAACCGCCGCCAGUGGAUGCUGUGAUUGAGGCUGAGGUGCUGCUGCGUGAUAUGCGCGCCCUGGAUUCGCAUGAUGAGCUGACGCCGCUGGGUAAACUGCUGGCGCGCUUGCCCAUUGAGCCGCGUCUGGGCAAGAUGCUGGUGCUGGGCACAGUGUUUGGCAUCGCUGAUCUUAUGGCCAGCUUCGCUAGCUACUCGAGCACCUUUUCGGAGGUGUUUACCUUGGACAUUGGCCAGCGACGUUUGGCGCAUCAUCAAAAGGCUUUGGCCGGUGGCAAGUGCUCCGAUCAUGUGGCUAUGAUUGUAGCCACAGAGCUUUGGAACCGCGCCAGGCAGCGUGGCGAAUUUGAUGAGGCGCGUUUCUGUGAAUGGAAGGGUCUGCAGCAGUCCACCAUGAAUAUUAUGCACGAUGCUAAGGCGCAGCUGCUGGAACUGCUCAAUCAAGCGGGUUUUCCGCAGGAGUGCAUGAUACCGCAUCAAGUGAAUACCCAUGACGAGGAUCCAGUGCUGGAUAUGGCACUUGCUUUGCUCUGCCUGGGACUCUAUCCCAAUAUAUGUGUGCACAAGGAGAAGCGCAAGGUGCUGACCACCGAGUCCAGGGCAGCGUUGCUGCACAAGACUUCGGUGAACUGCAGCAAUCUGGGCGUCACUUUUCCCUAUCCCUUCUUUGUCUUUGGCGAGAAAAUACGCACACGCGCCGUUUCUUGCAAGCAAAUGACUAUGGUCGCUCCACUGCAGAUUAUGCUAUUUGGCUCGCGCAAGAUUGAUCUGGCACCCAACAAUAUAGUGCGUGUGGACAAUUGGCUAACCUUUGAAAUGGAUCCGGAGCAUGCAGCCAAGCUGGGUGCGCUUAAGCCCGCAAUGGAGGAGCUGAUAACGAUGGCUUGCGAUAAUCCUGGCAAUGUGCUGAAGCUUGAGGAGCCCUACGUCAAGCUGGUGCAGGUGGUUCGAAAGCUGUGUAUUCAGUCAGCGGGUGACUAUCAGCUGUCGCGCAAUAGCGGCGUAUUCCCGCACUUGCAGCGAGGUGAAGUUGUUGGUGCUCCACCACCGGUCAAGCGCCCACGCUACGAUGGAUUCGGAGGAGCCAGCAGCAGCAGCAGCAGCUUUAAUAAUGAUGUAUUCGGAGUAAGCAGCUUUAGAAAUGAUGUAUUUGGAGGAGGCGGCGGCGGCGGCAACUUUGGCAAUGAUGGAUACGAAAGAGGCAGCAGCAAAUUUGGUAAUGAUGGAUUCGGAAGAGGCAUCGGGAAAUUUGAAAAUGAUGGAUUCGGUGGAGGCGGCAGCAACUUUGGCAUUGAUACCGGCAGCUUUACUGUAGGCAACUUUGAUAACCGCAGCUUUGGUCAAGGUAACUUUGGCAAUGAUGGCGACAGCUUUAAUCGAGGUAACUUUGGCAAUGACAGCGACAGCUUUAAUCGAGGUAACUUUGGCAAUGAUGGCGGCAGAUUUAAUCGAGGAAACUUUGGAAAUGGCGGAGGCGGGGGCUAUGAUAAUCGAGGACCACGCAACAAUUAUAACGGAGGCGGCGGAGGUGGCGGCAGCUGGGGUCGCUUUUCAAAUCGACGCAGUAAUCGCUUUUAAUAUUUAUUAUAUUAUAGGCAAUAUACAUGUAGCUCCUUAACAAAGAACAAAUAAAGGGUUUUUUAUACAAACAUA